GCGGGCUUGUAGGCGGCGCCUUAGCCCCAGCCCGCCGGGACAGGCUGGGCGAUCUCCAGACUGCUGGCUGCCCCGGCUUCCCGGGGGCUCCUCUCCCCGCACCGACGCACCCGCAGAGCGGAGCGGUCCACGAGAGUUUGCCCCGGAGCUUGGGGAAGUUUCCUCCUUCCUUCCGGAACCCCGCUGUGCCCGACUGGGACCUCAAGGCGCGUGGGACGGCGAGGUUACUUUGUAGAAUGUAGCCUGGGAGAACAAGAACAGAUUGAUGCUCUGCGGAGAAACAAAUCAUGUGGCCUUCAGAUUCAGACAGGAGGAGAAACUUAGCCAUCUGAAGUGGUCAUGAACCCCAAACAGGUCUUCCUCUCUGUGCUUAUAUUUGGAGUAGCGGGGCUGCUUCUCUUCAUGUACUUACAAGUAUGGGCCGAAGAACAACAUACAGGGAGACUGGAGAAGAGAAGAGAACAAAAAGGGGCUUCAGAAUGGAGGCUAGUGUAUUCCUUGCAGCCUGCACCCAGGAUCGAGACCACAGGAAGAAUCCAGGAACGCUUUGCCAAUCAGAAAUCCAAGUUUCACAUGCCUGAGGAUCUAAAGAAGAAAAAGGAAAAUUUACUCAACUCCGGGAGACCCACUAGGGUUUUAACAAAGGCCAGUCAGUCACAAGUGGAGGAUCAAGCUUUGGGUAAGAUCACAGGAUCAUCAACAGAUAACUCAAUUGAAAGGCAUCAAGAAGCUAAGACUCCUUUUAAGAAGUCCAAUGAGAUGAGCUGGCCAUUGGUCAUUCAUCCUUUGAACAAAAGUUUAGCCAAAGACAACAAAUGGAAGAAAAUAGAUGAGACACAAGAGAAACGUAGGUCCUUCCUUCAGGAGUUUUGCAAGAAAUAUGGUGGAGUGAGUCAUCCCCAGUCCCAACUGUUUCAUGUGGUAUCUAGGAUCUACGUAGAAGACAAACACAAGAUCCUGUACUGUGAAGUACCAAAGGCUGGCUGCUCCAACUGGAAAAGGGUUCUGAUGGUCUUAAAUGGGUUGGCUUCCUCUACAUACAACAUCUCCCAUGAUGCCGUGCACUAUGGGAAACAUCUGAAAACAUUAGAUAGCUUUGACUUAAAAGGAAUACACAUGCGCUUGAACACCUACGUGAAAGCUGUGUUUGUUCGUGACCCCAUGGAAAGAUUAGUGUCAGCCUUUAGGGACAAAUUUGAACAUCCUAAUAGUUACUACCAUCCAGUGUUUGGGAGGGCAAUUAUAAAGAAAUAUCGUCCCAAUGCCUGUGCAGAAGACUUAAAUAAUGGAUCUGGAGUCAAAUUCAAAGAGUUCGUCCAUUAUUUGCUGGAUGUUCACCGUCCAGUAGGAAUGGACAUUCACUGGGAAAAGGUCAGCAAGUUGUGCUAUCCGUGUUUGAUCAGUUAUGACUUUGUAGGGAAGUUUGAAACCUUGGAGGAAGAUGCCAACUACUUUUUACAACUGAUAGGUGCUCCGAAAGGGCUGAAAUUUCCAAACUUUAAGGAUAGACAUUCCUCUGAUGAAAGAACCAGUGCUCAAGUGGUAAGGCAGUAUUUAAAGGACCUGAGUGGAGCCGAGAGGCAACUCAUAUAUGAUUUUUAUUAUCUGGACUAUUUGAUGUUUAAUUACACAACUCCACAUUUGUAAUUUGCAUUCAUUUUCUAGAACUCUGCAUUGACUUAAUGAUGAUGGACUCAAAUCAGCUACUGUAAUUUUCCUAUAAUUCUCUGUAUGGGGGGAAUUUAAUUAAGUACAGUUGUCUUGAUUGAAAGAAGUUGUUUUCUUUUUUUUUUAACCAAAGAAAAAUUGGCACUAAGCUAUAGGAAAAUCAUCUCAAGAAGACAUGUAAACAACUUGAUGUGCUUUAAAAUGUUUGGAAAAGAGCUCUUUUGGCAUCGUGGUUUAUACUGUGGAAGCAAUAACUAUCUAGCUGUUGCAUUAACUAACAGCCUCUUGCACUGGUAGAAUAAGAGGUCAAAAAUGGUGAGAACUGUGUGUCGAUAUCCUAUCAUCUGUCAUCUAAAGUGCAUGCAUCUAUUUUUAGCACUGUAUGGCAUAUUCAUCAACUGAUUGGAUAGUUUUCUUACACUUUGAAAUCUUUCCAUUUUCUGUGAUGAUAAAUUCAUUUUGAAAUGGUAUUUGGGCUUAGGCAUUUUGAUCUAGUUUGAGAAUAUUCUGUGAUUGAUGAGAAUGGAACAGAAAACCAGAUGAGUCCAUGGUUUUUAUAUUUAAUACCCAAUAAAAAUGCACAACAGGCUAAGAUCAAAACAACAAAAGCCACCUUUCUCUUUGAGGAAAAACUUUAGACAAUCGAUUCUGUUUUGUUUUGAGCCCUCCAUGAAGAGACAAAAUGAAUACAGUGAGGUCUAUAUUUCCAAACUUCAUCAGAUAGAAAUGUGCUCUUAAUUCUGCUUUAAUUGGGAAGGGGGAAAUUGUUUCAGGAUGGAAUAAUCAUCAAAACCAAAGUCUCCAUUCUGAAUAUAGAACUCUAACAAUAACAAAGUUUUAUAAGAAUAUUAUUUGAAUCAAAGCACCAUGUGGCUAGCCGUCUAUGGGGAACAUACUCUAAGAAUAGCUUUUGUUUGCAGUCUAAUUAUUCAGCCUGGGAAUGACUUUUUAAAAACUAAUAUACCACUUCAAAGAUAGGUUAUGUUCUAGAGAAUAAACAUAACAAGAGCCCCUAGAAUUUUUUAAUAGACUUAUGCAUAAGCAAAUUAAGGUAUUUUCUUUUUAAGUUUAAAUAGUCUAUACUAACAAAGUCAAAUACCACUGCAUUCAAAUAUUAAAUCAAAGUCUUUGGAAAAAUAGGACCAUGUGUCACCCUUAUGAAAAGUUAUAAUGCACUUUGGAAUUUUUUCCAAGGGAUCCCAAAUUUAAAGACAUAUUGAGAUGAAAAAUUUAUUUUAAUUAGUUAACUAUUACCCUGACUUCAGUAAGCCACAUGUCAAUCAAACCCUAUUUAAAUGCUUUUCUUGAACACUGUUUUCUUCCUGAGUUAUGGGGUUUGAUCAGUAAAUAAUUAGUAAUGUCCUGCAAAGAAAGAUGUCUGUUAAUAUUUGAACAUUAAAGAACCAUAGUUCUCACAAUAAGAUUUCUUAUUUUUAUUUUCCAUUUCAUGGGGGAGUAUUUGUGAAUUGCCUCACUCUGUGCACACACCUGUCUCCUCUACAUCUCACAAGGAGUGAGUGAACUGCAGUGGACCAAGUAAUCAAAAAUAUUCAGCCUUCAACACCAUCUUCUACUUUCCCACUCCAUUUCCUCUUGCCUCUAGACCAUAUGCUUAAGCUGCAUCUUCUCUAGAGUAAUCUAAAUUAUACAAAUUAAAAUGGUGCUAGACUAGGUAUAGUGGAUCCUACUAAGAGACAUUGAAAUUCUCUUUCUAUACAAAGGAUAAAAUAUUUCAAGAACCCUGAAAUUUUAUUCUUAUACUACAUAAAGCUAAUUAUAGACAAAAUCUACUACAAAAGAGAAAGACAGUUUUCUCGAAGGCAUUCUUAAACCCAAGUAAGGAACAAUAAUAACAGCAACAAAAGGAGGGGGGGAAGAGAGCCUUCUCUUUUAUAGCUUUGGAGAAGAUAAAUGGAAGUACUCUGUCUUAUUAGCAUCCCUAAUACAUUGAGCAGGGUGAGACAUAUUUACACACCUUAUAUAAAUAUAUUCUAAUUGUUUCAUGGUAGAGAGUGAGACGAAAAGAUAAUGCACAAUAUUCUCUCUCGAUAAUUACUCUGUAAGUUUUGCUGAACAGUAUUGCCCCAUACUGUUGGGCAAUAUUUUUUUUUAUUUCAGUUACCUUUGGUUAACCAGGAUCUGAAAAUAUCAAAUGGAAAGUAAUGGAAAUAAAUAAGUUUUUAAUUGCACAUCAUCCUAAGUAUCAUGAUAAAAUUUCUCACCCGCACCCCCAUUCUAUCUUACCUGAAACUAAAUCAUCUUUUGACCAGUGUAUCCACACUGUAUGUGCUACCUGCUCAUGGUAGUCAUUGAAGAUAUCAGACUGACUGUCAUGGAUUACAGUGUGUUGAGGUACCUAUAUGUAACGGCCUAAUGCUACUCACAAUGCCUGGAUCGUUGAUCUCACUUCAUCUCAUCAGAGAAGCAUUGCAUCAUCUCACAUUAUAAGAAAGGUGAAUGUAUCCCAAUAAGAUGUUUUAAGAGAAAGAGAAAGAGAUAAUUUUCCCAUCAAUUUUAUUGUAAUACAUUGUCAUAAUUGAUCUGUUUUAUUAGAAAUUACUGUUAAUCUCUUACUAUGCCUAACUUAUAAAUUAGAUUUUAUCAUAAGUAUAAUUGACUGAAUAGGAAAACAGUCAUCUAUAUAGUUAGGUAUGACCUGUCUUCUGGCAUCCAUGGGGGUGCUUGGAGCAUAUCUGCCAUGUAUGAAGGGACAACUCUACUCCUUGGUUCUAUGACUCCCCUGCCUCCGUAACUAUAAAUUGUUCUUCAUCAUUCCUUCCCCAAACAGACCCUCUAAAGCUGACAUCCUGUGCAGUAGUGCAUUCCAGAGACCAGGUUUGUGUUUCUCACUGAAGAACAAAUUGUUCAAAUACCUUCUCUUUUAUAGACUUCAUUUCUAGGCCAAAGAAGGCAGUCACCGUCCUAGCUCUGUUGUGACUGAGUAUCUGCCCUGAACUGUUUCGCUUUGCAAGCUAGUUCAUAUCACCCUCAUCAUUUUUGCCUGUGUACAUAAAUCCACUUGGUUAUGCCACUUGAAGGUCACAAUUUCAUGAAUUUAAAGGCCAGGGCCCUAACCCAGACUCAUCUUCCAGAUGUUCAAUGUUCCCAUUUUAAGAUCAGCAUGCAUGAGCUGCAAUUACGCAUUCUCCAAUUAACUGCUCAAGAACCUAUUUGUUUUUAUACAGGGAAGUAUAAAAGACCCUUCCUUCUGCUAUUUCUCUGUCUGGAAAUACUAUUAAGAUAACAAGUUGGCAAUAAAAUCCAAACCCACAGUUAUUUAAGCUGGUAAGUUGCCUAUGGAUAGACAUGAUUUUGGUGGGAUUCCCCCACAGACUGCCACAAACUUUAACAGGACAUGUGUGUACAAAACACCCAACUUUCAGAUUUCCUCAUGUGUGCUUGGAAAUACCCAAUAAGUCAAUGGAAACAUAAGGCCACACGCUGUAUUUUCUAACUUCAUGGUCUAUAAAAUAUUCCCCAGCAACUCAAGAACUACUUGGCUGCCCUUUAUAAUUAAAAGGAAGAAAAAUUUUAUGCUUGGCGAGUGAUUAAUCUUCAAAAAGGUGCUAUCUCCUAAAAUAUAUAGUAUUUAUCAAAAAAUCAUAUGUAAGUAGAUAUAUAGAAUAUUAAAGAUGAGAGUCCUCUUUGAUGUAGACCUCUCAAGGCAUUAGUAGAACUGAGGAUGAAUAGGCUGGGUACUGUAAGCAUCUCCGUGUUGUCCUGCUCUGAGAUCUCAUUUGGCUAUCUCAGCCUCUGGUGAUUCCCUGGGGAUGGAACAGCAGAAGGCCUGCCCAUAUCCAGAAUCUCCAAUGUCCUCUGAUAUUUGAGUAAAGAUUAGUCAGUAAACUUUGACUACCUGAGAAUGUUAGACCAGUGUGAACUCAGCUUAACCCUACCUUCAAGGAUCCUAUUUCUUCAAUCUCAGUCACAGUUAUUAAGAAUAGCAUUCAUCACCCCAGCUCAGGUUCAUCCAAUAUUGACUGUGAAUCAGGCACUCUUUAAGAACUUUCCAUAUAUUGAUCUAUUUAAUCCCUAUAGCGAAUCUAAUCUCAACGCUAGUAUGAACAGGUUUCUUUCUUCCCACAUAUGAUAAAAGAGAUUGAAGCGAAGUAUGAGUUGCCAGAAGGGACACAGCUGGUAAACAGGUAGGGAGCCAGCAAACCCCACUACCGAACUCUUCUUAGGCUAUUCUAAACAUAAAUUUCUACUUUUGCUUUCUUUUAUCUAUACUCA